CAAAUGUGAUAUAAAAUUACCAGCCUCGUGGGUUUUGCAUCUCGGCAAUAUUCUGUACGCUCUUGAGUCUGUUGUACUGAGGCUCUGUGUCCAGACGCAAAUAUGCGACUAUUUCGCAGCGGCCAUGCCGCCAUUUCCAUCUUGACUGUCGUUCUUCUUUACCCAUAUACACUCUUUGCAAGUCACUCAGAUGGUCUUUCGCCGUACGGCAAUGGCUAUGCGCCAGACACUGUUCAUCCACAUAGCCAAGGCCAUGGACUGCACGAGUCUCGUGGCACUGAUUUAGACCCCAACGAAUUCAACAACUUGACAGUCACAGUUGAUCAGAGUUCUCGAUUUGAUCGAAGAGCUGCCAAAGACUUUUAUCUCAGAGUAAUGCCGCUUGGUGCUUCCAUUACUCAAGGCUACAAGUCUAGCGACGGUAAUGGCUACCGCAAGUGGCUUCGGGCUCAGCUCCGAUUCCGCGGAUGGAAGGUCAACAUGGUUGGAUCAGAGAGAGAUGGUACCAUGGCAGACUCGGACAACGAAGGUCAUCCUGGCUGGACCAUUGAGUCCGUCCACGGCGCUUGGACAAAAAGCAAGUGGAUGAAGCCGAACCUGGUUCUCAUCAACGCUGGAUUAAAUGACUGCAACUCCGGAGGCGACCCUAGCAAAGCCGGCGAACGAACAAAAAGCCUCGUUGAUGAUAUCUUCGACAGUGUCCCCGGCGUGACAGUUAUUCUAUCAACCCUCCUCCUCAACAAAGACUCCUCCAGAAACUCCUGCUCCGACGAUAUCAGCAAGCAAAUCCGAAAUGUCGCAGCAGGAUACAAAGGGGCACGCAUCGCCCUCGCCGACGUCCGAAGCGUCAUGUCCAUGGACGACAUCGGUCCUGACAAGGACCACCCUACCGACGAUGGCUACAAGAUGUUAGCGGGUGUCUGGUGGGAUGCCAUCAGCAAGAUUGAAGACCAGAUCCAGACACCUGCAAAGGUUGAUAAUAUCGAUGAUGCCCCUGGUGGUUCGAGCAACCAGUGUAAGAAGGUUGCUGGUAAUGCUGGCUUGCCUGGUCAGUCUCAGAUGGGCAGUGGUCAUGAUGAUGGCAAUUAUGUUCACAAGAGCACUUCGAAGGGUGUUAUUGAGAGUGCCAAGAUUGAUAAGGGGAGUGACCCAAAGCCAAUUACUGAUGCGAUUCCUUGGCAUAUUUUCUCCACGAAUGUUGUCAAGGGCGACCCGAAUGCGGAACGGACUGCUUCUCUUGAUGAUUGGAUUCGUGUGUACCAUAACACGAAGGACAAGAAUGCAUACUGGUUCCGUCAGAACUUGGGAGGAGGCAAGUUUGGCAAGUCAGUUCAGUUCAAUGUUGACAUGAACUGCGAUCUGGGUCCUCGUAAAUACUUCCAGUUUGAGCAGAACAAUGACGGCCUCGACGACUUCUUUUGUAUCAAGGAGAACGCUGUAUGGGUCUCGCUCAACCGAGGCGGAAACCCUCCCAAGUUCGAGAGCAUCGGCCAAGUCAUUGGUGGUUUCGAUGGCCUGAAAGCCACUGAUGUACGCAUCGCAGAUAUCGAUGGCGACGGUAGAGCAGAUUUUUGUUUAGUCAAGUCUGCUAGUGAAACAGCAUGCUCUCGGAACGGUGGCUGGGGUGACAAGCCUCAAUGGCAAGGUUUCAGUACAGCCAAGGGCAUUCGUGGAACUGUCUUCAACACUGCCCAACCUGACAAGGCCGGCAUAAUCCUUGCGGACCUCAACGGAGAUUUCCGGAGCGAUGUAAUGUAUAUUGGCGAUCAUGGUCAAGUCAGUACAUGGAUCAACAACAGAGGCAGCGGCAGCGGAAUAGUACCGAAAUGGAGAUCCGCAGGCCAAACCCAUGCAGGCCAGGCCGUGUCAGGCAUCCAAGACAGCAUCAAGUUUGGACGUAUCUACGGCUCCAACCGCCUUGACUACAUCUUCCUCAAAGAGGAAAAAGACCACUUCGACAUAGUCGUCUGGCAGAACCAAGGCGCUGGAGGAACAAAGCUCAAGGCAGAUGGCAACUACUACUGCGACAUGCGUGGUACUGGCAGCGAUGAUUAUGUCUGGAUCUACCAGGACGGUCAUGCUGCCGAGAUCAAUGUCAACAUCCACUCCCCGCCUGCGUGGGGACACAAAACCAAGAUCGAGCUUAGGGUUCCUGGGCCGCGAAACGGUAUUCAUCUCGCUGACUGGACUGGCGAUGGGAGAUGCGAUGUCAUUGUGCAAAAUAAGGCGACUGGGCAUUUGACAGUGUACAGGAACCAGUACGACAAUGGAGCCGACAAGAUCUCAUUUGACAGUGGUACCGCUGUGGCGACUGAUUGCAACCAAGGCUGGGGUGUUGGUAUCUUUGAUCUGGGAAUGAGAUUCCAUGACAUCGAUGGCGAUGGACGAGCUGAUGCGUUGUGCAUCGAGAAGAACGGCCGUAUCACCGGUUGGCUCAACAAAGCCAAUGGUCUCGAGAACGUUGGCCAGAUCAAGUUCUCAGAGGGAUGGAAAGUUACACCGGAUCGAGCAAAUAUCCGUUUUGCGGAUGUCGAGGCGUCUGGACGAGCCGACCUUCUUCAUGUUGACAAGUACACUGGUGCUGUUGACGUCUUCGCCAACAAGGGUAAUAAAGCUCAAGGCGGUAGCUCGUUCUCUUGGACCAACCACGGCAUGCUCUACAAUCCUAUCGAUCGAGGCGAGAACAUGCACUUUACGAACCAGGGCGGUAAAGGUCGAGCGGAUUUAGUCAAGGUUGAUCCUCAAACGAACAAGGCUUGGACUUACUGGAACCGGUGUAGCUCGACUGGUGGAGACGACAGUUCCCCAACAACGGACCCUGGUUUGCCCAAGACUGGCGGUGGUUCUGUAGGAGACGACAUUCCGAUUAUUGACCUACCCGGUAAAGGUGAAGACCAUGACAAGGGCGUCUGCGAAUAUACGAUUCAGACCGAGGAUAUCAACAUCGCUCACAAAAGCUGGAAAGACAGCGGCUCGUCUGAGUGGUGGAAGAAGUGGAUUCACGACCACGGAGCAAAGAAAUGGUCCGAUCGCUUUUUUAUGCAAGUCAUGGACACGCCAGGAGGUUUGACUUACGAUUGCACUGUCUUGACCUCUUCGAGCUGCGCCUUGCCCGAGAGCAAAGCCUGCUCCACUUAUAUUUCUCCACAAGGCUACUACAUGCACUUCCAGAUAUCUAAUACCUUUGAUGGUUUCAAAACGCUUUGGUGGCAGACUAUCAAGGAAUCCGUAAUCCAGCUCUCCUCGGAGAUCAAGAAGAUUGUCCGAGAAAACGGCACACCUCCCCAGGAAGAAAACGGAGACUUCGUCAACAUGCUCGUUGGCAUCCUGACUUCGCUAGCAGGCUUUGGAGCUGCUAAGCCUCUCUUCACUGGCACAAUGACUUCCUUUGCCGGUGUGUUUGCCGCGAUGUCGGCUGGCACGAGCUGGGAAGAGAAGGUCUCACCAGAAACCUUGGAAAAGAAGCUUGAGGAAGCAUAUGGUGAGAUGUUUACUCAGAUCCUCAACUCGACUGACAACUUUGUUGGCAACAUGUUUGGUGGUGUACCCCCAUCCGGCUGGAGCGACGACAAGAUGACGGACUUUGUGUAUGAGUUCUUCCGUGAUGGUGACUGGCUGAGUAGAGACAUUACAAAGCCUUUUAUGAACCAUUAUAUCACGCAGGUGCAGAGCAAAUGGGAUGAGUUCGCUGUUGUCAAGGCCAUGAAGUCAAAGAACAAAGCCGAUUACUUCCUCAUGGUCAGUGAUGAGGACACUGAGUGCUCAAAGCACCACAACGGCGUUGGCACGAUUCCAACUUAUCAGGACAUGUCUGAACAAGUCUGCAAAGAUCACAUGGAAGGCUGUCUCUGGCACGAGAAGCGCUGAAUCUGUUUUGGCACCAAAGGCAACGGUCCUGGGAGUAUCGGUGGAGUACGAAACCUCCAAGGCGAUGAGCUCAAGACGCUGAAAGGCUACGUUUUUGACUAUGAAGCGGCUCUCAAGAACAACUACGAUUGCGUAAAGUAUCGAAUCGACAACCCCAAGCGCUGCGUUUCUGUCAAUGGCAACGUUCCCGAGGAAUGCAAUAUUAAAGACGCCACUGUUCCGGAUUACAACGACAUGGAUAUCGAGAACCCGAUUCAGUAUACCAAGUGCUGGUUCAACUUGCCGCCGGCGAUGGGAUACCAGUACCUCUGUGGAUGGACUGAAACUUGAGCGAGGCUCUGACUGCACCUCCCGGAAGUCUUUUUAUUUAAUUCCUGUAUAUAACAUCUUCAUGUCAACGUUUAUUCUCCCAUAAGAUGAACUUUAGCUAAUCUUAAUCGCAACUCUUGCGUAAAGCCACUAAGUUCUCUCUGCCGG